AUGAACUUGAAUAUGACAUUCCCCCAGACUGAGCAAACUCUCACCUCGGUCGAGGAAGAUACCCGAGCAACCAUAAAAACAUUGUUCCAAUUUCUGCACGUACAGGGCCAGGGUGACUAUCUCGGCGAGCAAGUAACUCAACUAGAGCACUCGCUACAGUGUGCAUAUCUUGCUACACAGUCUCCCAAAUACAGAAAUGACCCCGAAGUUAUCCUGGCUGCACUUUUGCACGAUGUCGGACGAUUCAUCCCCGCGACCGAGAAGAUGGAGAAAAUGAUCACACCUGACGGCCAGUAUAUUGGAAGACAAAGUCAUGAGGCUCUGGGAGCGUCUUACCUGCGUCAGAUUGGGUUCAGUGAGAAGGUGUGCAAGUUAGUUGGUGCGCAUGUAAUGGCUAAGCGUUAUUUGGUCGCGACAGAUCAAGGCUAUUAUGAUGCAUUGAGUGAGACCAGUAAAAAGACAUUGAAGUUCCAGGGUGGCGGGUACAAUACUGAGCAGGUUCUGGAGGCGCAACAGGAUCCUUUGCUUGAGGCAAAGCUUUCUGUCAGACGAUGGGAUGAUCUCGCGAAAAAGCCGAAUUUUAAAGUCCCUCUUUUGGAAGCGUAUGAGGAACUUGCAUAUCAAUGUCUUAUUGCCUGCCAACACAGCCCACAGUUGUAA